AGAGACUGCAGGCGCUGGACCGCACCGGCGGUAUUUGUGCAGUUGCAGAAAGCUGGUGUAUAGUGGAACUCCCGCGAGUGCCUUCACUAGGCAGAGGUUGCAGUUAAAGCCUUGUUCCGCGCGUUCUUCCUCGAUUCCACGGGUGGACACGCGCGCGACAACAUCUAGAGCCCCUAUGUGUUAACGCUGCUCCGUGCGCUGGCGCCGACGUCAGCGGAGACGUUGCUAUGCGCAGGUGGUGGACUCGUGGCUGUUGGCGCACGCCGUGCCCCAGAGCGUGGUGCAGGCGACCUCCCCAUGCCCAGCAGCGGACCUGGCCGGUGGUGCGUCGGGCUCGGCCGGCGGCGGUUGCUCGUUGGCGUCCUCUUCCUCGAUGCUGGCCGCGGCCCACUCCCUGAGCAGCAGCUCGAGCUCGCUCAAUGGCGGCUCCUCCUCCGGCGCGGGCGCCAACAUAUCGCCGCCCAUGCGGAAGAUUUCUGCCUGCGAGUUCGACCGCGGCAGCCCGCUGAGGCCCAUUGUGCAGACCAGUUUCGAUGGCACCCCGACCUUCCUCACAUUGCCUGCCGCUGCGGAGAAUCAGAGCGGGGUACCCGGCGCGCCUGGCAGCACUGGCUUGGUGCGUCCCAAACGCCGCAGUCGGCAGGAGCUACAAGCGCUCAACGAGCGCGAACUCAUCUUCGAGCUGGUCAAAGACAUCUGCAACGAGCUGGACAUCCGCCUGCUCUGUCACAAAAUCCUCCAGAACGUCACGGUGAUCACCGACGCAGACCGGUGCUCGCUGUUCCUGGUGCACGGCGACCGCGACUCACCGGCGGGCCGCUGCCUGGUGAGCCAGCUGUUCGACGUGUCGUGCCGCUCGACGCUGGACCAAGUUCGCUACGAGGAGGUGCGCGUCCCUUGGGGCUCCGGCAUCGUCGGCUAUGUGGCGCAAAGCAAGGAGGCCGUCAACAUACCGGACUGCUACAACGACUCCCGGUUCAACAAGAGCAUCGACCUGCGCACCGGGUACCGGACGCGAUGCAUGCUGUGCAUGCCCAUCUUCGACCGCGACGGCGAAGUCAUCGGAGUCGCGCAGGUCAUCAACAAGAAGGGCAAGAACGAGCACGACGUUUUCAACAGCAACGAUGAAAAGGUGUUCUCGGAGUACCUGCAGUUUUGUGGCCUCGUACUGCGAAACGCUCAGCUCUAUGAGCGGUCUGAGCUUGAAAACAAGAGAAACCAGGUUCUUCUGGAUCUAGCUCGUAUGGUGUUUGAGGAACAGAGCACCAUUGAGCAAGUUGUUUACCGCAUCAUGACACACAUGCAGUCACUGCUCGAAUGUGAGCGCUGUCAAGUGCUACUUGUCGACCAUGAAACCAGGACGGCUUUUCACCGGGUCUUUGACUUGGAAGCUAAAGAUGCUCUCAGAGACGAUGUGGCUACAUGUACUAGCCCUUAUGAAGGCAGGUUUCCCAUUAACACUGGUAUCACAGGGUCAGUGGUUGCAACUGGUCAGAUCCUCAACAUACCUGAUGCCUAUAAGGAUGACCGGUUUGAUCCAAAGGUGGAUGAAGGGAGCUCGUUCCGACACAAGUCCAUCCUCUGCAUUCCAAUUUACAAUGCCAAUCGCCUAGUCCUAGGGGUGGCCCAGCUCAUCAAUAAACUUAAUGGCGAGCCAUUCAACAAAAAUGACGAGCAGCUUCUUGAGGCAUUUGCCAUCUUCUGUGGCUUGGGCAUCCAGAACACACAGAUGUAUGAAAAGGUUGUGAAGGCCAUGGCCAAGCAACGAGUUACACUUGAGGUACUCUCCUACCACGCAUCUGCCCCCCUUGAAGAGGCUCUAAAGCUCAGUGAGUGUGUUCUUCCAUCAAUGCAAUCACUGCGGCUGCAAGACUACAAGUUCAAUGACUUCAGUUUGGAUGAUGAUGGCAUGCUGAAGGCCUGCUUGCGUAUCUUCCUCGAACUGGACUUCCUCAACCGAUUCCACAUUGAGUACCUGGUGUUAUGCCGGUGGCUCCUGAGUGUCAAAAAAAACUACCGCAAGGUAUCCUACCACAACUGGCGGCAUGCUUUCAACGUUGGCCAGAUGAUGUUUUCCAUCCUAACUAACACUAAACUUCAUGAAGUUCUUGGGGACCUGGAGACCUUUGGCCUCAUUGUGGCCUGCUUAUGCCAUGAUUUAGAUCACAGAGGCACCAACAACUCCUUCCAGAUCAAGUCAUCAUCUCCAUUGGCACAGCUGUAUUCCACAUCGACGAUGGAGCACCAUCACUUUGACCAGUGUGUCAUGAUACUUAACAGCCAGGGCAACCAGAUUCUAAGCCAUGUUUCCCCAGAGGAAUACACCACCAUCAUACGGAUUGUAGAAGAGGCCAUUCUUGCCACUGACCUUGCCGUCUACUUCCGCAAGAGAGGCCAGUUCUUCAAGCUUGUGGAGAGUGAUGAGUACCAGUGGGCCAACUGUGAUCAUCGUGAGCUCCUCAGAAAUAUGCUGAUGACAGCUUGUGAUAUUGGAGCAAUCACCAAACCCUGGGAAGUUCAAAGAGUGGUUGCAGACCUGGUGACAAUGGAGUUCUUUCAGCAAGGAGACAUGGAGAAAAAGGAGCUAAAUCUCCAGCCCAUUGACAUGAUGAAUAGGGAGAAAAAAGACCAGCUUCCAGCUAUGCAACUGGGCUUUAUUGACUCCAUCUGCCUGCCAUUGUAUAAGUCUUUCUCUGCACUGAAUGACCGACUCUACCCCUUGCUGGAAGGUGUCGAGCUCAACCGUAUGGAAUGGAAACGGCUGGCUGAUGAACAUGCCGCUAGUGUCAACGGAGAUCGUAGUGAUAGUGAUGAUGCUGAUGCCAGGAAAAAGACAUAGGAAGUCACAUUCAACCUGUUCAACUGUGUGGCAUUUUCAGUAAUAUGCCUUGCAUUGCUGCACCACAUGACCUUAUGAUCAGCAAGCCAGGCAAGCUUGACAAGCUCAUAUGUCCUGCCAAUGAUACACUAGGCCCUUCACAUACGGCUUGGCUGUGUUGGUUCAGCUUGACUGGCUCAGAUCACGUAUUGUUCCUGUGCCAAUACAGAACAUCUGACAUGCCAAAUACAAUCAGCUUGAGCAAAUCUUGGUGUUCACACACUCAAUACAUAUAUAAGACAAGUCACCUAAAGCUUGUCAAUAAAUGCUGAGUCUGCGAUUUAGUACAGUGCCAUAAUGUGAUGACAUGACACUGUUAAACUCCAUAAGAAUAGGGAUCUUCCCUGUUUUUAAGUCCCCAUUAGCUGGUGUUUUUCAUAUGCUGUGGGGAUUUACAGUUAAAAAAAAAAUGUGAAGAGAAAAAACUGCGUCAGUGCCCACAGUCACUGGACGUAGUAAUGCAGAGAAAUUAUAUGCUUGUCAAGACAUCUCAUAUGUUGUGACUAUACUGGUGCAUUUACAGUGCAAUCGCACAGUGGAGGUGCAUUCAUAAUCAGGUCCAUGUGAUUAUGAACUUGCAAGUGCACUUUUGCUACCAUCUCGGCAAAUAUUCAAGCUCCAUUUUUCCUAGCCAGCAGCAGUAUUUCUUAUUACUUGUUUGACAACUGCUUAUCUAUGAAGUGAUGUGUUGAAUCUGUCUUAAGCAGUGGGUUGUUCCCUAUGAGGAAACUGAGCUCACAAUUUUUGUUUGCAUGGUGUUUUUAAAAGCAGCUUUCCAGUAACAGCCUGUUUUAAUGCGCCACCAUCUUCCACUCUCAAGGAGCAGAAACAAUAAGGCUUGUGGUAGACUUGCUCACAAAUGGGCAUAUGUUGCAUUUAUAUGUCUCUAUAAAGUAAGGCUAGCAGCUAGAUGCUGCUCCGUACGUCUAUGAUUAAUCUUGUAGGUGUUCAAGGUGUGACACUCAGGCUGCUCAUUAGUGUCAGAUCAUUGUAUCCUGUCUGUAGUAAACAUCACGUUGCCUAACUGCAACAGUCUGUGCAAGUCUACAUAUUUUUAACAUGUGUGGUAGUGACUGUCUUUCAGGGCUCCUCAACUGGGCAGGCUAGUCAACGUAAAGAACAGCUAAAUGCAUUAUUUUACUCAAAAUGAGUCUAGUUUCUGCUUUUUGUGAGCAGUAGCUUCUUUGUAUUAGUUGCAUAUCAACUCAGCUUGUUUUAACCUCGGUUUAGCAGAAGCAAGAAAGAUGCAUGUUCACAGCUCAGGAGCAGAGACUAUGCAGGCAUAUGUUAUUGUGAAAAAACAGGCCUACUGAACACGGGUUGUAGCCAUUUGAGUGAGAGAUGGCCGUCUCACUGCAAAGGACGGGCACAGAGAGUUGAGCUGGUCAAGCCGAGAACGCAUCCUCCCUUUAAGAGGCCCUGAAGCAUUUUUUUGAGUAACCAUAAAAUGGAUUCACUAAAAGAGCUUAUUGCCUCACAAAUUCAACGCUGCAAAAAUUUUAAGAAUCCGUUCUGUAAGAGCGGAGUUGCAAAGAUUUGUCAUACGCUGCAAUCUCAUUCUCUCUUCUCUCGUCCCAAUGAAAGCACUAGAAGCUAAGCAGGGGGGAAUGGGCAUGGGCAAAGAAAAUAUGUCACGUUUGCCUCGUGAUCUUAAGCACUUUUUCUUCUUUUUUUUUUUUUAAUACACGGCUUUUUCAGUGUUAUGGCGCACGCACGCGUGGACACAUCACGUCCUACUGUGGUGACCGAGCGCGCCAUGUUCAAAUCAGCCAAUGGCUGAUAGAUGGCUUUCUACGCGCGAUUUUUGAGUGUCUUUCGUCAUUUCUCGAGAGAAGAGAAAGCGAUUUUCUGCUGAUUUUGAUAAUUAAUUGUCAAUUCCAGGCUGCGUGCUGUGCUAUAUUAUUUGGCUCACGCAUUCUCAGGAGGCUCUACUACUGAUCGGCAGCACUUUCUGACCAUGCUCAAAAUGUGUUGCAGUGCCCCUUUGCUAUGAGCAUGGUUGCGUCUCGGCAAAGCCAAUUGUCAGUUACUACAAACUAAAAUAUACAGAUGAGUCGGACAUAUUACGUAUCAGGAAUGAUUUAACAAAUGAACUGCGAUAUGGUCUGCAGGAAGCCUUGAGGUAAUUGCAGCUAUUUUCUCAAAAUGCUCCAGUGAAGUUUUAGAAUUCUGUCAUUGAACAUACACCAUAAUACGUACUCAUAUUAUGUACUCUACUUUUGAACUUGCAUAAUCCUCCCAAAACCACUGAUGCAAGCUGCCUGUUAAAUACAGGCAAGCUGCCUGUUAAAUACAGGCAACCUGGCUGUGUUUCAGUCUGGUUUAAGAAAGCAAGCUUUGAGAUAACAAACCAGAUGCUGUGAAAAUUGUGCAUAUUGAUGUUGAUAAAAGAUCAGUUAUUUUUUCAAGAUCAUUUACAUAGUGAGCUCAGCACUCACUACAGAUUGGUAUUAUUUGUAUCAACAUUAGACAGCUUCAGGUGGCACAACUGACAGGCAGGCAAUCUCUAUAGAGUGGUUCAUACAAAACUUGCUCUCGGGCUCCCGAUUUCGAAAUAUUGCAAUUGAGUUGCUGUUGUAAGAGAGGCUGGCAGCUGCGAUUGUCUUUAUUCUUUGCAUACUUUACAGACUUUUCCCAAUGUUCAUGUGCUCCUUGUAUUUCGCUCUGUGGGCUGUGAUAAGAAAGAAUAUUGUGAGGCAACAGAGCAUAUUGGAACAUAUAUUGAUAGAAGCAAUCUUUGUGUUGCACAUGGCGUGUUGCAAGUCUUUACAAAAUGGGAACUAUCUUUAUAAUCACUCUGUUUUUCUGUUUCUGCUAGAGAAGGGGCGACUGGUGGGUGUACAUUUUUUUCAGAUUCAGCAUAGAAAUCCAAGUACCUGGCUUCUAUCAUUUUGUGAUGCUCCAUGUCAUUUUAAUUCUUCAUUUCUUAUCUGUAGAACGUGUUCAAUACCAGUUUUAGCAGUAGUGUGGCAGCAUCCAAACAAAUGACACACAUCCAUAGCAGUGGUUCUCAGUCAUGGAUGUGUCAUGAACCCCUUGUGGAUUGCUGGAAGUGAUGGGGGACCCUUUGCAGCGGAGGGUAGGGAGGGGGAUGGGUACAUAUGUAAAUUAACACAACUUGAGCAUGAAACAGGUGCUUUUUAUUGCUACCAAAAACAUGAAACAAAUGUGCCACAUCACUUCAUUUCAGAUUAUUUAUCAAUACGUGGCACAGUCACGCUUAAAGAAAAACGUGAGUGAGGGUAUCGGGGAUUAUAGAAAUGGGUUCGCAAACCCCCUAGGGUCAGCAGACCUCCUUUCGAGAACCACUUAUUAAUAGAAUUCAAAGUGGAAUUUGCCACACCAAAAUCUAGCCUCAAUUUUAUGCUCUGUUGUCAGCACAAUAUAUCUAUUUCUUGACAAUUUCUUCUUUUUAUAUUGCAUACAGCCUAAAACAAUCUGUCAAGCAUGCAAACGUCUGCAGCUGUCUGCCAGAGAGUCCUUGGCAAUGUCAGACCUUCUCCACAAUUUAUUGCUUCCCCAAAUCUUUACUCUUCUCAAUAAAUGUGACAAUAAAAAUAAAGGCUCAAAUGUUCACAUUUUUAUUUUUUUCAAAAAUAUUGUUCUUCUAUUCCUGAAAUUUAUCAUUUACAUCAACCUUAGGUGCAUGUGCCAGGUGUGUCAUUGCACUAGAAAUUUUUUUUUCAUUGUGUCCUACAUGUUUGUUACACAGGUGUGUUUUAAAAAAUCUUUAGCUUGGGACAUGAGUUAGUACAUGAGUGGCACAAGUUGUAUUUGUAAUGUGCAGCCUUUUUAUCCUGUGUUUUUAACGAUGAAUGGAAGGUCUAUAUAAAACUUUUGCGAACAGUGGUCCUUGAACUCUUGGUGCCGGCUGAAAAAAUAAUUGACUUGCCCGAGCCCGUACUUCAAUACUGGUGUUUGUGUUUGUCAGUAUGCCUGUCACUUGUUACCUGCGAACUGACUUUAUGAUGGCUCUUAUAUUAUUCAACUAUGUGUAUACUGUUUAGGUGGUGUAACUUCUCUUUACAUUUUUAGUAUGAUGCAUCCUUAUUUAUUUGUUUUGCAGUGAGCUGCUUUUCAUACUCUUUCAAUGUUCAAAGACAAGCUGCUUUGUACAUGUGACUUCGUAUGUAUGUGCACUGUAAAGUUGCUGUGUUUGUGCCUCAUCUGUAAAUAGUCUUGUCAUAUCUCACUGAUUGAUUGGCACGUCUCUACCUCAUGUAUGAAGCGAAGCAAUUUUACACCAAGAGAGCCCUCUAGAAUUGCAAGUUGCAAAAAAUUUGUGACUGGCUUAUGCAGAAGUGGUAAUGAUUCUGGUUAAAUUAUUGUAAAGCAAAAAACAGGCAUGUGGUGCUGAUGACAUUUGAGUGUUUUAGUGCAGCUUAUAUAUUUCAGAACAUUGAGAUACAUCCUGGGUUAUGUGAUCUGCUUCUUAUGUUGGUGGGUGAAUUCUGUGCUAGGAAACGAGAAUCAGUGAUUACAGGCUUCUCACAGGAUCUCACUGAAUUUUAAUUUAGGAUCAUAGUUUUUAAUGUUCAUGCAGUUAUUUUACCAUGAUUUAUUUAUGUAAGCUGACAAAUGUCUAGUCAGGUUUGACUCGACAUCAUGACUGUUAUUAGCAUUGGUGUAGCUUGCAAAGCAGUUGGAAUUACUUUCACAACAUCGCAAUUGAGAAAUUUCGAAGCAACCAACUUGAGUAAAGAAAGUGUUCAACUUAGUGUUAGUGAUAUUUGGAGGUACAUUUUGACAUGCCAUUUAUCUACCAAAUGUAUAUUACUUCCUACUGAAUCUAUAUAUCGCACCUUAUUCAGCAUACACGCUAGCUUAACACUGAGUUAUUGACUUCUUACAUGCUUGCUAUAUGAAUCUGUUCUCACAUUUUCUUUGUGUGUGUGCAUGUUCAGCUGUACUGAAUUUUUUUUCUCAGUGUAGGGGUAUUUUACCCUUGGAAUGUACCACAACUGCAAGAAUAGGCUGUGUUGAUGUUGUUUCCUGUGUUCCUUAUGCAAUGCUUUAGUGUUAUUAACCGCCCACAUGGGUAUCCUCAGUGAGUUGCUUCAGUUACGUUUGAAAGUACAGGACAAGUAAAAAUGCUCUAAUUUAAGAGUUUGUAAGCAAGUACAACUGAACAGAAGAAAAAUGUAAACAGGAGAGCUAUACAUUUUAAUUACAGUAAGCUCUGAUGCCGAGAAGCCAACUGUCUAUGGUAAAAGGGUACAAAGUUUUGAAAAUUUGCAAAAGAAUUAUUUGCAUGCAAGAUCAAUCUUGAAUCAGCAAUCAUUUCUAUGUAUUUCAUUUACUAGAGAUGCAAGCAGCGAGAAAAAUACACACAGAGGUAUCAUUGUUUUAAAGGGGCCCUGAAACACUUUUUCAUGUAACCAUGGAAUGAACUCUUUGGAAAAGCUUAUUGCCUCACGAAUUAAAUGGUGCAACAAUUUAAAAAAUCCGUCCAGUGCAAGUGGAGAUACAAAGAUUGGUCACAUGCUGCAAUUGCAUUCUCUCUUCCCUCGUCCUGACGAAAGCGCUGUAAGCUAAGCCGAGAAGGAUGGCAAGCACAAAUAAAAACGUCACGCGCGCCUCGUGACCUUGAGCACUUUUUUUUUCGGAUGCGCGAUUUCUCCGUGUGAUUGUGCGCGCACGCGUGGACAAGUCGCGGCCUCCUGCGACAAUUUCUGUAACGACCGAGCACGCCAUGUUUAAAUCAGUGGCUGAUCGAUGGGCUUACUACGAGUGAUUUUUGGGCUUAUUUUGUGAUUUGUCGAGAGAAGAGAAAGCAAUUUUUAGCUGACUUUAAUAAUUUAUUGUGAAUUCCAGGCCGUGUGUUAUGCUAUAAUAUAUGGCUCGCAAGUUGUCGGGAGCCUCUACUACCAAUCGGCAGCACUUUCUGACCAUGCUCAAAAAGUGUUGCAGGGCCCCUUUAACUACAACAGAGGCUCAAACAGUUCAUCCUAGGUAGUGUAAACCAUUAGCGAACACGAUAGGUUCAUUACAAAGGCAAGAAACAUGGUACUAUAAAAAGUAGUAAACUCUUUAUUCCCCCCCCCCCCAAAAAAAAAACUGACAUUUCAAAAUUGUUUACAGUGCAGUAAUCUCAUUACUAUACCCUAAAAAUGUCUACUUGAAACUGACAUUAUGUCCUGUUCAUAGGCAUAAUUUUUUCAUUUGUGUGUGUGCAUGGGCUUAGAUGAGCUUGUAAAUUAAGAAUGGAAUGUGUACAUACCAAUGUACUUGCAUGUGUGCAGGCAUAUUUUGCAUGUAAGCAUAGAUGAAUGCUUACCUGUUGUUAUUGCAACAAAUAUGUUUUCAUUAUGGGUUUCUCUGAAGUUUGACACUUGAUUCAUUAUUAAAUUUUUGUUGUUAAGCUUUUGUGUAGCAGGCCUGUGUAGUCUGUAUCAUGAAAAUGAUGCCUUACACGACCUUCAACUUCACGAGGCCUGUUGCAUACGUUUCCCUUGUGUACAUUCUAGUGCGAUUUCUAUGAAAGCUGUGACACUGCUGCAUUGUCAAACAGAAAGAUAGUUUUGUUGAGCUGAAAAAUAAGUAUGUAGUGUGCAUUAUCAGUGCCAAUUUUAUGUUUUACCGUGUUUGCCACAACUUAGGUUUGAUACAAACAAAAAUCAUUCAUAAUAUCAGUGUGUGUGGCAACUACUAAAAAUUUUGGUGCUCUCUAUUCAUCAGAAUUUAUUUCGUGCAGCCUCUAAUCUCUUAAUGAAAUAUGUUUGAUCUUAACCUAGCUGGCACUUAGAGGGAUAUGGUGUGCCUAAUUUUUACCGAUAAUCAGGAACACACCAUUUUUCUCAUACAGAAUUUGCAUUUUGUAGCUUCCAUGCUCUUUUUGUCUUUUUCUUUAUGGUUCAAUAACUUGGGUGUCUUCCUGUGAAAGAAAAAUUGAGUCCUUCGAUGAAAAUUGUUGUCUCUUACAAUUCACAGGCAAUGUCACAGCAAUGUAAUAUUGUGACAAUCUGUGCUGCCAGUAAAAAUCAUUUUUUUUUAUUAUUCAGCUCAUUUCUAAAUUGCAGAUGUAAAGCACUUAUACCUGGUUUCCCAAAAUGUGACACCAGAUGCUAAAAUUUUUUUCGCCCCAUUAAUUGAUUUUUCUUUUCAUUGGUCAUAUCUUUUUCUCCUUUUUUUUGCUCAGCCUUAUUGUGGCAUUUUAUCUUGUAUCACAUGUACAUAUAAAUAUUUGAUACCCACCUUUGAACAGGCUCAUCCUGACUUUACUGCACUAAAAAUGGGAGCACUUUUAUGCCCUAGCUGCUAGAUUAGUUUGCACUCAAUGGUUUUAAUUUUCAUGUUUAUACGUCCUGUAUACCAAUGUGCUGUGUCCACCAGCUCGGCAAUGUGUACAGCAAAUGGCACGCUGCAGAAAAUUUUUUUUAACUGACAGUUACAUUUUGCUGCCUACAGCAAAAAAAUACAUGUUGAAGAGCAUGACAGGAGUUCUUAAAUGUGUAAUGUGUUAGACCCAUAUUGUACAGUCAUUGCCCACAGCAAUAGAAGCGUUUUGGUGUGAGCACAGCAUCCCCUCUAUCUCUGCACAUUGACACAAUAUACAGCAUCAACACUCGGUUCUUGUGACACUUGCCUCUCAUCCCCUUAGUGAUCCUGUUGUGGGUGUUGUAGGUUAUCCAUGUUCAGCAACAUUUCUACUGUGACCAAAUGUGUAUUUAUUGCUGUUUAAUCUAUAAAUAUAUACUGUCCUUUCUUCCUGUA